UCGAGUACACACGUCGCUGUUGGAUAUGAAAAUGGGACGAUCCAUGUUUCGGACGUGGCAGUUGGACAGGGGCGUCGGCUCCAGAAGGCGCACGAUGAUGGGGUUAAUGAUAUGGCGUUCUCCCCGGAUGAUCAGCUGCUGCUCUCGGCCUCGACAGACAUGACGAUGAAGACAUGGAACGUGCGCACUGGUGCCAUGGUCACGUCGCUCGCAGGGCACAAGUCGUCGGUGAACAAGGGGCGCUUUGGGCGCUUCUCCCCGUGUGGGAUGUACGUCGCCUCUGCAUCUGACGACGAGACGGUGAGGGUGUGGAGGACGAAGGAUGGAUCGUGCUUGGCAACGCUCUCUGAUCAUGGUGACUCGGUAUCGCAUGUUGCAUUUACUCCUGAUGGGACGAUGUUGUGGUCUGCUGCAGCAAAUGGAAUCGUCUUGGCUCAUCGACUACAGGAUAUCAUUCCGGACGAAUUCGAAUCGUAG